AAAGAGAAAAACUAGCAACCCACCUCAGCAAAGAACAUAAAUGCCAGACGCUACACCUUCAACAAUUGAACGCCAAAACAAAGCAGAUCAUACCCACAAGAAACUAAAAUGCAUGCCUAGCAUCCCUCAACCUACCACAUCUCACCACUAACCAACAAUCUCAACUAGAAGACCCUAUAACACCAGAAUAAAUCCAAUUAGUGAUUAAGGAUCUCCCAGCAGACACGGCCAGAGCACUGAGAGAUAUCAGGUAUUGAUGUAACUGGAGUGAAUAAGGAACCUUCUUCCUGAGCACAGACAUUGCAGCCUGUUAUCAGCAUGAACUCAUAUGUGUUAGAGAAACAUGUUAAAAGUUCAGCUGCAUCCUUCACUACAGGAAGCAUCAGAAAGAUACCACAGACUCCAUCAUUUUUAGACACUAAUGACUAUUCACAAAUAUUUGGGAAAUCACAGCAGAUAUUUAAAGAAGAUGGUGAAUUCUCAGGAACUGGGCAGCAAUCAUUAUGUACAGAGAGUAAUUUAGUCAUCAAACAAGAGGACAAGAUUUAUGCCUUAUCUAGUGAAAUGAUUAUCCUAGAGGAUAAACCACAAACAUUUACCAAGCUUUCAAAAAAUUUGAAAGAAGAGAAAAGUCUACAGUCUAACCAAAUGAUUCAUACAAAGGAGAAACCUUUCAAAUGUACAGAAUGUGAGAAAAGCUUUAGAUGUAACUCUUGUCUCCUAGAACACCACAAAAUUCACACAGGUGAGAAGCCAAACACAUGUCCUGAGUGUGGAAAAGGUUUUACACAAAUGACAAAACUUAUAGCUCAUGAAAGGACCCACACAGGGGAGAAACCAUUUAACUGUACAGAGUGUGAAAAAAGUUUUACACUAAAGAGUAGUCUGAAAACUCAUGAAAGGAUUCACACAGGAGUAAAGCCUUGCACAUGUACAGAGUGUGGAAAAAGUUUUACACAAAAUAGUAGUCUGAAAAAGCAUGAACGGAUUCACACAGGAGAAAAGUCUUUCACAUGUACAGAGUGUGGAAAAUGUUUUACACAAAAGAGUAGUCUGAAAUAUCAUGAAAGGAGUCACACAGGGAAAAAGCCUUUCACAUGUACAGAGUGUGGAAAAAGGUUUACAUAUAUGAUUAAUCUGAAAACUCAUGAAAGGAGUCACACAGGAGAAAAGCCGUUCACAUGUACAGAGUGUGGAAAAAGUUUUACACAAAUAAAUAAUCUGAAAACUCAUGAAAUGAUUCACACAGGAGAAAAACCUUUCACAUGUACAGAGUGUGGAAAAAGUUUUACACAAAUAAAUAAUCUGAAAUAUCAUGAAAGGAGUCACACAGGGAAAAAACCUUUCACAUGUACAGAGUGUGGAAAAAGUUUUACAUAUAUGAGUAAUCUGAAAACUCAUGAAAGGAGUCACACAGGAGAAAAGCCUUUUACAUGUACAGAAUGUGGAAAAAGCUUUACAUAUAUGAGUAAUCUGAAAACUCAUAAAAGGAGUCACACAGGAGAAAAGCCUUUCACAUGCACAGAGUGUGGAAAAAGUUUUGCACAAAUAAAUAGUCUGAAAUAUCAUGAAAGGAGUCACACAGGAGAAAAGCCUUUCACAUGUACAGAGUGUGGAAAAAGUUUUACUGAUAAGGGUAAUCUGAGAAAACAUGAAAGUAUUCACAAGGGAAGAAACCUUUCACAUGUUUAGAAAGUGGCAAAAAGAUUUUUAUUGAAGUCAGGUAUCACAAAACACCAAAUAUUUACACACAAAUACAUUUUAUAUACACAGUGUACAAACCUCUUUACAAUUAUCCUAAAGAGUACAAACUCUCUAAAUAGAAGCAUAAAAAAUGAUCCUAUUGUAAAUAAUACUUUCUUAAUCCCAGUUAUAAAAGCCCCAGAUUAGAAGAGCUCUUUUGCUGUCCUUUGUUCCUCUGUAUAUGUGCACCUCAGUUUCUCUUUUAUAAAUGUGAUAGAAUCCAAACACCAAACAGGAAUAUACAGAUCUGUCCUCAUACUGACCAGUUUACACAACCAUUCACCACCAAAGCACCCCAGUGUUGUUUAUUAAUAUUGUACAGGGAAAAUGUGUAUUUUCCUUGUUUAUUAACCCCUUAAUGACCACAAUGUACUCUGUAUGUCACUGGUCGUUAACGGUUUUUCCAGGACAUAAUAGCACAAGUUUAGCAAGAACACACUAUUAAUGCACUCCCUCCAGCAGGCUUUGUGGAAUAGAGCAGUCUCAACGCUGGUGGCAAGACCGCGCUAUAAAACAAUCAAGUCCCAAAAAAAGGCCAGUGACAUACAGGGUACGUCGCUGGUCCUUAAGGGGAUAAUAUGCCAAUGUUGUAAUGAAAACAAUUAUAUUUACAGAAUAAAGAGUCUUUAUAUGAAUAGAGUGUUAGAGAAUUAUAUAAUAUAUAUAUGUAUUAAUGAUUGACAUCUGGGAGAUAUAUUUAUUGUGCACAUCAGAUGGAUAAACCUUUUCUUAUAGCAAUAGAUGCUUAGCAUUGUACAUGUUAUAUGCCAGAGGAAUUACUGAUGGGAAACUGAUUUUAUUACAUGAGACACAAUAACAGUAACAUACGUGAUCACAAUCAGUUUAAUUUAAAUGGCUACUAUAACUAAAGGGGACAUUAUAUAUCUGAUAAAUCCCUUUGUAUCAAGAGCACAAGUGUUAGGUAUAUUUAUACCAUUGUGUGCAUAUAUCAUUUAAUGCUGCGGUUGAGUAUAUAAUCAGAAUAAAAGGAAGUCCACAGUACUCCAAUAUAUCUUACAGCAAUUUAUUA